AUGACACAUCUCAUAUUCUGGAAUGGUCGACAAGAAACACUGGAUAAAGUCCACCUUUUAGAAGCCAAAGUUUAUAUAAUCUCCCCCCACUGGGUUCUUAAGUGUUUCAUGAAUAAAACACGGGCUGAUGAAAAUCCAUAUUUACUUUAUGGCAUAAAUAAUUUGGCUAUUCCGAUAAGAUUUAUGGCCAUGGGACGAACAGGGAUUGUUAAAAAGCAAUCAAUUUCAUGCAGAAGUAGCAGCUCACCAAGCCAAUCACAGCUAUUGCAUGCCAUUGAGAUGCUUUCUGAUCAGCUCACCUCAAAACUAACAUCUCCCGUAAGUAACCAAAGCAUAGAUCCUGUGGAAAUAAUUUCACCAAUAGUAGAUCGUGUAAAACGAAGACUAAAUGAAAUGAAUUAUUCAGCAAAUUAUUCUUCAUUUACAACGUCCUCAUCUAAUGAAUUUCGAAAAACACCUAGUGCUGUUUCUGUUGUCAACCAGAAUGCUAAUUCUCCUUCAUUUAAAAAUGUAGGUGGUAGUAGAUGUAGUCGAAUACGCAAUUCUCGGUUCUCUGCGUAUCAAAUAACCGCUCAGUCAGAAAGUAAGGGCAUUCUUCGAGCGAAUAGAAGGCACACGAUAUCAGGAAUAACUGUAUUUCCAGAUCAGUCUUUACAGCUAAACUUAACUCCUAUUUCAAAAAACUCCUCUGUAAAAAUUAUGGAGGGCGCGAAAACUGAGCCAUCAAAAAGACGUGACCGAUCUGAAAUUGAUUUUGAGCAGCUGGCUGAAUACAAUCCGAUUCGCUUCCAUAAACAUCUUCUAAGGCGAUAUGGCUCUGUAAGAGCAAUGCAGUCUUCACACUUAAAUGCAGACAGAAUGGUUGGUCUUUUUCUACUCGCUAUUUUCAUAGGGAAAGCACGGCCUAUAGUUGUACGGACUCGAUCUUCGGUUCUGAAUGCUUUACAAAACAUUCCAAGUUCUAGCGAAUUUGUAAAAAAGGGCAAAAUGGCAAAGAAGAAGCAUAUGAUCAGCAAUAUCGUACUUUCAGGAAUCAGCAAGAUAGAGAAAGAAACGGUUUUUGCAAUAACUAAAAAGUUAGGUGUACUAAAAAUUGCAAAUGAUGUUGACAGUUGCACACGUUAUGUCGUGAGUGAUGAAGAAGGAGCACGUACUAUUAGUGUCAUGCGAGCUGUCGUCAAGGGCAUACCAAUUGUUACAAUUGAAUGGGCCUACCGUUCCCUAGAAAUGGGUGGUUGGUUGAAAGGAAGCGACUUCCUCGUUCCACGAUGGAGAAAGGCUCACAAAUCAUGGCUGAAAGGUCAUAUGGUUCGAUUGUUUUCAUCCUUAGGACCAUUUUAUGUUUCUGCAAAAUGUCAACCGGAGGCGAAGCAUCUUCUUCAUUUUAUAAAAUGUUGCCAUGGAAAAAUAACUAAUUCACCAAGUCGAGCGGUAAUAUCAGUUGCACCUAUGUCUGAAUGGGAUGUAAUUAUGGAACUCAAAAAAAACAACAAUACAGCUACAACAUACAUUACAGAACAGUCAUUAUUAGGUACUCUUCACAAAAAUUCAUUAUAUUCUAUUUGCGAAUGCAAAGUGGAUAAAAGUUUACCGUGGCGAAGUUCUAGCUCACAUGAGCUUUGAAU